AUGACCGAUACCCCGCUCGAUAUCGCCCGCCUCGGUGGCACCACCAUGGGCACCACCUGGAGUGUGUCGCUGGUCGCGUCGCAAGCAGUGGUAUCAACGCAGAGUACUGCUGGCAUCCAGGCGCGGCUGGACGAGGUGGUCGCGCAGAUGAGCACCUGGGAAUCCGGCUCGGACCUCAGCCGCUACAACCGCGCCGAGGCCGGCCAGUGGUGCACGCUGCCGGGCGAGACGCGCCAGGUGCUGGCCUGCGCACAGGCCAUCGCGGCGGCCAGUGACGGCGCCUUCGACCCCACCCUUGGCCCGUUGGUUGCACUGUGGGGUUUCGGUGCGCAUGCCGGUGAACGCCGACAACCCGAUGCCGCCACCCUGCAGGCCACGCGCGACCGCUGUGGUUGGCAGCGCCUGCAGUGGCAGGACGAUGCGCUGCUGCAGCCGGGCGGGCUGGAACUGGAUCUCUCUGCGAUCGCCAAGGGCUUCGGCGUCGAUCACCUGGCGGGUUACGGCCGCAAGCCCGACGGCCAGCCAUGGCGCGUGCUGGUGGAAUCGGCGCCGGAAGAAGAUGCGCACACCGGGACCCCGCCACGCGUACUCGCGCUGGACGGGCUUGCGGUGGCCACUUCGGGUGAUCGCUGGCACCAGUACCAGGCCGAUGGCCAGGCCUACAGCCACAGCCUCGACCCGCGUACCGGCAUGCCGGUGCACCAAGUUGCAGCGGCGGUGACCGUGGUCGCCGACGACGCGAUGCAUGCCGAUGCCUGGGCCACAGCACUGACCGUGCUCGGCCGCGAGCGCGGCAUGGCACUGGCCGAACGCGAGGGGCUGGCCGUGCGCUACCUGCAACGCACAGCAGACGGCCCGCGCGAAUUCCUCAGCAGCGCCUUCCAGCGCCUGCUCGACGAGCAGGAUGCAUGA